GAGUAAAAGCAUUAGAGGCUCUUAUUGCUAGAAGCCUCAAGAUCUAUGUGGAAUAUUUAAUAGCAGAAUCUAAGAGAGAAGACUCCGAUUACAUUUCCGUGCUUAGUGACAACAGUUCAGAUAUUAAUAACCAACAAUUUGAGCUUGAUUAUAAUAAAAUUAAUAAUGAUCAACAGUCUUACUAUAGAAAUAUUGAUCAAGAAUAUAGCAUAAGUAGUGGCACUCCACAAUUAUUUAAGGAGUUAAUUAUUGAGCCACAAUUACGUCACCUACUAUUGGGUUGGUAUAUUGACAAUAGUAAUUUUUUAAUACACACUUCUCAGAAAUUUGCUAAAGAUAAUAAGGAAUCUAACUUGUAUAUUAAUGUUAAAUGA